AUGAAGAAAUUAUUGAAGGAAGUUUGCAUGCUCUUUAAAUUUGAUCUUUAUCUGUAUUUUCAGGUAACUGAGCUGAAUGAGCCUCUAUCAAAUGAGGAUAGGAACCUGCUGUCUGUAGCCUACAAGAACGUAGUUGGAGCUAGACGGUCUUCCUGGCGUGUCAUCAGCAGCAUCGAGCAGAAGACUAUGGCAGAUGGGAAUGAGAAGAAGCUGGAGAAGGUUAAAGCAUAUAGGGAGAAGAUAGAGAAGGAGCUUGAGACAGUCUGCAAUGAUGUUCUGGCUCUCCUAGAUAAAUACUUGAUCAAGAACUGCAAUGACUUCCAGUACGAGAGCAAGGUCUUUUAUCUGAAAAUGAAAGGGGAUUACUACCGCUAUUUGGCAGAAGUUGCUGCUGGAGAGAAGAAGAACAGUGUUGUGGAAGCCUCAGAAGCUGCCUAUAAAGAGGCUUUUGAAAUCAGCAAGGAGCACAUGCAGCCCACUCACCCAAUUAGGCUGGGGCUGGCACUCAAUUUCUCAGUGUUCUACUAUGAAAUCCAGAAUGCUCCUGAGCAGGCCUGCCUUUUAGCCAAACAAGCCUUUGAUGAUGCCAUAGCUGAGCUGGACACACUAAAUGAGGAUUCCUACAAGGACUCCACCCUCAUCAUGCAGUUACUUCGAGAUAACCUCACUCUGUGGACGAGUGAUCAGCAAGAUGAAGAAGCAGGAGAAGGCAAUAAUUAAAAAGCUUUCCUCCGAUCCCUCUUUCAUCCAUUUCACCAUCCCCAUCAUCACCAAUAUUUCCUUGCCACAGUCACACUAAAUAUCUAGUGCUAAGCAUAUCUGUAUUGUACAGCUGUUCAGAUCUGCUGUCCACUUUAUCAAGAAGCAGUUUCAGAUCAGUCUUCAUGGGCAUUGAUGGAUUGAUUGGUGUAUUGCCCCUAUUUAUCUUAGUUGCACUUGAGCAGUGCAGAAAGAUACAUAGUAAAUGAGGCGUUUUUAGUUUGCCUGUUGAUUGGAAAAUAUGGGAAAGAAUAGCAGAAAGCCAUUGAAGGUAGAUUCCAGUUACAUUUUUUCCAUCUGAAAUGAGCUGACAGUUCAGUUAAGCAGUACGUUUUGUGCAUGCAAAGUAAAUUAGCCACCCCAAAUUUUUUUCUGUCGAUGGAAACAGUCAAGCUGAUGUGAAAUGACAACCCUGUUCAUCAGUUUACAAUAAUCUGUUUGAAAUGUGAGGUUUCAGUAGCAAUUUGGGUUUUUUGCCUCUAACUUGUGUGCACAGUUUCUUUCAAUGCAGUGCAUCUACCUAAGAGUUUUGAUACUUGUAACCUUUUGCAAUUGUUUUGAAGAAUCAUGAAUUUAUUUUUUGUAAACUCUUUGGCUGUUUAGUUGUCUGUGUAUUCUGACAACACUAUGUCAAUAUUAGCCCAUGUUAAGAUGGAUGACUGAGAUGCCAGACUUCUAAAUUAAAUGUUUCGGGAUUAAAUGAAUAAAAUAAAAUGCUGCUUCGGGGAUGUUAUCUCUA